CAUAGGCGGUGCGGGAGGACGGGGCGCGGCGGGGGACACAGCGGCCGCCGGGGGCUCGAUCGGGCAACGGCGGCGACGGCGGCAGCGUCGAGUCCUCCUUCUCCCUCAUCCCCUUGCUCUUCUUUUUCUUCCUCCUCUUUUCCUUUCCGACCGGGUCUCAUCUACUUCCCCUAACGGCGGCCUCGAUUCUACGUAUAGGCAUGACUUCCCGGCACCGCAGGGAAAAUAGGGUGCAAGCCCAGAAACUAUUUCCCCACCACCACUUGUUGAAAAACUGAUUUGAAGGCAUCUCCGGGUUUGAACAAACGGAAAGUGCCAGGAUUUGAUGCGUCUCUGGUUUUGCGCUGGAGACCCUUCACUAAGUAUCAAGACGAAAAAAACUGGAAACUAAUCCGAAUCUUACUCAAAGUCAGAAUGGAACGAUUUGUAGUAACAGCACCACCUGCUCGAAACCGUUCUAAGACUGCUUUGUAUGUGACUCCCCUGGAUCGAGUCUCAGAGUUUGGAGGUGAGCUGCAUGAAGAUGGAGGAAAACUCUUCUGCACUUCUUGCAAUGUGGUUCUGAAUCAUGUUCGCAAGUCUGCCAUUAGUGACCACCUCAAGUCAAAGACUCAUACCAAGAGGAAGGCAGAAUUUGAAGAGCAGAAUGUGAGAAAGAAGCAGAGGCCCCUAACUGCAUCUCUUCAGUGCAACAGUACUGCGCAAACAGAGAAAGUCAGUGUUAUCCAGGACUUUGUGAAAAUGUGCCUGGAAGCCAAUAUCCCACUUGAGAAGGCUGAUCACCCAGCAGUCCGUGCUUUUCUGUCUCGCCAUGUGAAGAAUGGAGGCUCCAUACCUAAGUCAGACCAGCUGCGGAGAGCCUAUCUGCCUGAUGGAUAUGAGAAUGAGAAUCAGCUCCUCAACUCACAAGAUUGUUGACAAGGAGGUUACCACCAUUGUGAUCAAGAUAAAUAAUGUGGAGUAUUAAAGUUAUGUGUUGAUUGUGUGGUUCAUUUUUAUAUUUAUUUGGUUUAAAAAUCAUGUGAUGCAGAAUAGUUUUGCAAUGUGUAUAUAGUUGCAGGCAAAAAAAGAAAAAAAAAACCUCACUGCAAAACUUAUUGUUAAUUUUAGUCACCAAUGGUAUAAAGCAAAACUUAGGUUUAGAGUGUGCUAGGAUACCUGAAACCUGAUGGUUAUCUUUAAAAUUGAUGGUUUUUCUCCUGAAAUGUUUGUGCAUGGAAGAACUGCCCUGCUUUUUUACCCUGUUGCCAUGUAUGAUUAUUACUUGUGAGAUUACUUAAUUACUCGAAGACUAGCCUAGGAAAUUGAAGCUGCUGCCAGGCAACACCACUCACGGUAAUUUAAAGAAAUUAUUCCUGAUCAGAGGAUCCUCUUCAAAAAAGAAGGGGCAGUGGGAAACUGUUGUUAUGUCUUCAGAUCCCAAGCAGAAAUGACUGUUUAUUUCAAACUAUGUUUUACUUGUAUAUGAUGUAGUUAACUAUACUUCAAUUUUUCACUUUUACCUCUUUUUUAAAUACUUAUUGUAUUUAUAGCAGUUUCAAGUGACCAAAAGACUAAAAUCUUUCUUUUAAUGUCAGUGCCAAAAACCAUAGGGAAUUUUGCAGUGACAAGAUUUUAGUCUCUUACUAGGAACACAAAUUUUUGAACUAUAGCUUUCAUUUUAAGUAUCAUCUUGAGUUUGCAAACUUUUUUUAUGUCUUAGUGUUAAAAGACUUCAGAAUUGGCAUUUUUAUUUAAACAGGUAGACAUUUUAUGGUUGAGUUUUCUCUUUUUACAGAGAAUUAGUAAUGACUUUUUGGCUGACAGAUCAGUUAAUAAGAAAAUUACUUUCUAUACAAUAAUUUUUCCAUAUGAUUUUAUAAGAGUUUAUUUAGGUAAAUAGAGUAGACUAGAAACAAGUUUACUUACUUUCACUUUUAUUUGCUUUGCCUCUCUGGUGGUGCAAGGUUUUUAAACAUAGAUGGUAAACAAUUGUCCAUAAAUUCUGACAAGAUUUUUGUAGUGGAGAUAUGGCAGUAUCCUGCAUAAUUGUUUGGGUGAGGAAAUAAUCAGUUCUGUUAAAGGUCAACCAUGUUCAGGAAAUGAUCUCUAUCUGAACCUUACUAUCUUGUAAGAGUAUCAAAGUAGCUUAGCCCAGCUAAGUCCUCUCUAUCAAAGCCCCAAAUUAUAUUUUUUAGAAAAUUUAACAGCUGGAAACUUGGACUAGAGCUUUAAUAAAAAAAAAAAAAAAAACCUUAAAUUCUUUGAAAUUCAAGUUAAAAAUAUUUAUAAGAGAUAUUUCUAUUACAAAGCACUGACAAAUGAUACCCUAUGUGACUUGGAGUUAUCUUUAAUUUUUACCACAAAUCUUCAUUUAAAAAAGAAAAAACCAAAGUGAAUAAGAAAAAGGUUAGAUUUUGUGUUUUUUUAGAAACAACUUUCCAUGUCUUAAGUUUUUUUUUACAGGCUUAAGUUUCUAAUUCAUGUUGUCAAGCUGGCCAUCUGAUUUUAGAGUUUGUUUUAUUUUCAUUUAAAAAAUAAGCCUGCCACCAAAAAAACAAAUCACUUGUUAAAAUUUGAACUGUCAGUUUUUUUCAUGUUCUGUUAUAAGUAGCACAAAUAAAUGCCUAGAUUAGUGCUCUCAUUGAUGAAGCACAUACCUGAGACCAGCAGCAAAACAUAACCAAAAUGUGUUUUGCUUUUACUUCCUCUAGAAAAGAAUUUGCAGGCAACCAUGUUUAAUUUGAAUUAUCUAAGAUGGUAGAAAGUCUAAGAAGCUAGGAAAAUAAUUGAAUUUUAUAGCACUAUUUUCAGAAUACAGAAAUAAAGUUAGAUAUACAAUCAUUCUAGUUUUUUGAAAUCCCAUGUGAUUCAGACUGCUUGUUCCCUAUUGUUUGGAUAUUAAUUUGCACUAACAGCAAAAUGUAGUGGCAGAACAGCUUUGAGUAGUCCUAAGCAGUAAACUGGAUGAUGUUGUGUUAGAAAAACAUGAAUAAUUCAUAUUUAAUUUUCUAGUAGUAGUUACUGAUUUGGUAAUCAUUUAGGUCCCAUGUAUCUUGAUGUAUUUUUUCAGGCUCCGAAUUAUUCACACAUUCACUGUAUCUAGGGGCAUAGUGCAUUCUCCAGUUAGGAUUAUAUCAUGUCCUUAGAAGCAUUUUCCAUUCUGUUGUGGGGAUUUAAUAUUAAUGUUUCUUUACUGAUUGUGAAACUUUCAUUCCCUGAAACUGGUUAACUUUGUUUCAUUGUUAAAUAAGGCAGAAUGAUUGUUUUACCCUGCUCAAACUGUUAAAAAUCCCUGAAACCAUGAUUGGCAUAUGUUAGAUAACAAACGAAUAUGUCUGUCUAAGAGGCAUAUGCUGCUUUGGAAGUAUAGUGAACAUGUGUACAGAAGCUUUCAAUCUUAACUAUAUAGUGUUAGUGUGAUGCUAUACUAUUGGAAAAAUAGCAACUUUUUUCUAUUUUAUAAGUUGUAUGCAUAAACAUAAGAUUUGUAAUGUUUCAUUUAUAAACUGCCUUCAACACAUGCUUACCUGUUAAUAGUGUUUUCUCGGUAUGGUAGUAUGUCUUCCAGAAUUUCAGGAUAUGCUUACAGUAAAUAGUUCAUAGCGUGUUGAAAUGUUAAAUUCCUUGUUGGCUUUCUUUUUGACUCUGUGGGGCAUAUAGCAAGCCUGAAGGAUAUUGUAAUCAUUUCUUACAGGGUGAAAAUUUAGAAAGAUUGUGUAUGAGAGCCUAUAUAGUUUUAUUGUUACCAUCUUUAAGACUUCCUUUAAAAAAAAAAAAAAAUGCUACUUCCAGUUAAUUAAUUUGGCCCUGCUGAAUUUUUAGGGACCAGAAAACUUUAAAGAAAAAUUUCUGCAUCUUACAAUUGUAACCAAUUAAGUAUCAGCUUUGAAUUGUUCUGAAAGUAUUAAUUGCUUAAAAACUAUCAUAAGUACAGUUGGCAAGACCUCAGGGCUGAAAGUUCCAUGUUAAAACUUUUGCCUGAAAGGAUUUGCACAUCAAUGUUAAUGGAAAACAUAUGUAAGCAAAAUAAAAUUUAAGGUGGCUCAAAACAAUAGCCACUAACAAUUUUAUCAUUUGGUGCUUAGUCUUUUUAAGGGCUUUCUGUGAUUUGACUUGCCCCAACUACCAUUAAAUGAAGACAGAUCACCUUAAAACAUGUUAAUUUGAUUUGUUACUUGGAAGAUUAGUUCUAUAAUUUCAUUGAAAAUCUUAGCCUAAAAUAAAUUGUUUUAGCUUCUGGUCAACACUGACUAAAAUGUGAAUAGUGAAGUGGCUAUCCUAAACUUUGGUUUAUUUAAACCCAUACUAUCAUAGAUUUCUGAGGUAAAUACAGUUCUUUCUAGUGGUAUUCUACUUGUAUCCAGAAUACUGUAUUAAUUCAAAUUUUACUAUGUUCAUUUUUGUAUUCCCAUGCUUAUUUUUUUGCUCACGCAUGUAUCCUUAGUAUAAAUGUGUCGCUUUUAAAGUUUUGUCUCUGUGACUUUUAGAAAUAAAUUUCAAAAAAAAAUUGUUUCAGAA